ACCCAAACGCAAGCCUCCACUCUUCACCAUCCUUCGAUUGACGUCCUCACCGUUUCAAGCCACCAUCUGCCUCUUCUCCGUGUGUGGAUUCGUUUAAGGUUCGAUCAAGAUGGCGAUGGCUGGGAGAUUCAGAUCAAGCGUACCUCGCUUAGCUAAGGCUCUGAUGUCUGAUUCUCUCUCAACUCAGAGAUCAACUGUCGAACGAGCUCUGCUUUGCCCUAAUUUCACCGAUUCUCAGGUGCAAUCAAGGAACUUUGCCUCUGCUCCUGCACCAAAGGAGCCAAAGAUUAAGGUUCCUGUGGCUAUGUUUGGGGGCUCUGGAAAUUACGCGUCUGCAUUAUAUAUUGCAGCAGCAAAAGCCAAGACACUGGACAAGGUUGAAUCAGAGCUUCUUGAUCUUGUUGCCGCUUCCGAGAAAUCCCCUACAUUUUCUCAGUUCAUGAAGGAUUUGGCAGUGCCAGCAGAUACUAGAGUGAAGGCUAUCACUGAGAUCUGUGAUCAAGCUAAAUUUUCAGAAGUAACAAAAAACUUUUUAGUUGUUUUGGCUGAUAAUGGGAGGCUCCGACAUGUUGACACUAUUGCAAAGAGAUUUUCAGACCUGACCAUGGCACAUAGGGGAGAGGUCAAAGCUGUUGUGACUACCGUCAUUCCACUCCCUGCUGAAGAGGAGAAAGAACUGAAGAGCACUUUACAAGAGAUUCUUGGUAAAGGGAAGACGGUUAAGCUUGAACAGAAGAUUGAUCCCAGUAUUCUUGGCGGGAUUGUUGUGGAAUUCGGGCAAAAGGUUUUUGACAUGUCUAUAAAGACCAGGGCAAAGCAAAUGGAGAGGUUUUUGCGGGACCCCAUCAACUUCGAUGCCUAAAAAAGGUGCGUUGUUCUCCGCUCUUAACGCACAUGUUUUCGGAACUUACCAUCUUGGCAUCAGGAAGGGAGCCUUCAACAUUAAUUUCUUUUUCCUUUUCUUCCCCCAAUUUUGGGUCGUUUUUCACCCCGCACGCUUCCUUUUCAGAUUACAGCUUUUGUUAGUUUGCAAAUAAAAAAUCAUUGUUCUCUUGCUCUUGGUAGACAUGUUUAAACAUUUCUGGGGCAUGAUGUUAUUAGAAACCAGGAUGUUUUCUGGGGCCUUGAUGUUGUUGGUCAUAAAGUCACAGUGCAAUUAUGAUUUUUUGCCCAUCGAUUUGAGUUUGGAAAAGGGUUGUAUAAUCUGGGCAGUGUUGCAUUAUUAAUGUUUAAAAGAACUUAGGUGCC